AUUUAUUUAUUUAUUAAGUUAUCUAUUUAAAAACACUAUGGUAAAAAAAUGAAAAAAUGAAAACUAGAUUUAAUAUAAACUCAUCUAAAGGGUGUUUUAGUAAAAGCCAUAUGCAUGGGCUGAAGUUGAACUUUACAACACCAUUUUCUGAAGUUAAAACCAUAAGACCGAAAUAAACUCACCGAGAGAAGAGAAAACUUGUGACAGAGAUUCGGAAAUGGCAUUGGGUAUACGUUGACGGCGUGGCUGGGAGCAGCAGCAACAAGGGGAAGAGGUGAGUAACUGUGUCGCAGCGGUUGGGUCAGCAUUUUCCGUGCAACUGGAGGUGGUGUGGAGGGGAGGGCUGUAAGUGUUGUCGUGGUGGAUGAGCUUACGGUGGCUUGGGCUGUUCUGUAAUUACUGCUGCUCAGUGAUGCAGAAACAGAGGUGAUACCAAAUGGCUGAGCAGGUUGGGGCAGGCCGUGACUGACUAGGUGGUGGGUUUGCAUUGCUUAUGGUGGGGGAGUAUGUGUCCUGUUUUGAGAAGCCAAAACAGAGGUGUUUCGAAUGUGAGAGUGCCUAUGAUUCGCGUGGGCUUUCAGUGCCUGGGCACGGUGGUUCUAGGGAGCAGCUACGGUGGUUGUGUUGAAGCGGUUGCAGCGGCAGCAACGUGGAGGCAAUGGCUGGACUGAGGUACACAGUUUGCCAAAGGGCUGGGCUGGGCUGGGCAUUGGGCUAUCACGGUUCACUUCAAACUUAGGCUGCGGCCAACUCUUUUUGUAGAAGAGAAAAUAUGGGUAUUUAUAGAGGUGAUUGAAAACCCUAGAUGAGAACAAAAAGGAAGGUGGACAUGCAUGGUGUGGAGUCUAGAAGUUGAUUCACAUGGGAUUGGGUUUUGGUGCAAGGUUUGGGCCUUUGGGUGAUUGGGUAGGGCCCAUUUCAAAUAUUUGGGCCCACGGUUUGGAUAGUGAAGGAAAUUUGUAAGAGGGUUCUUCCCUGAAUUUUGGACCUCGAUUCAAUCUAAAAAAAAUAAUCCAACUUGUUUAAAAAAAAUUAUCUCGGCCCAUAAAAAGAUUUUUAACCAAAAUAUCAAAGCCGAAGGAAAUCAUAAUUCACUAAAAGAGAUAUUUUAGGCCCGUAUUCUACUUAAAAAAAAAAAUUUGAAUACUCAAAUAGAAUAGUCUUUUCACACAUAUAAAUCCAAAUUUUUUUCAAAAUAGCUUGGCACUUGACCCAGGUGUUACAUAUGAAGCCUAUUCCAAUACGCAAGUAGAUCCACCACUGUUUUAGGCAUUACCCAAACCAGCCCUGCUCUACUGAACACACCAUCCCAUAACACCUUAGCCACCUCACAAUGUAAGAGUAAAUGGUCCAUUGAUUUACCAUAUUUCUUACACAAGAAGAACCAACUAAUAUUGCUUUUAUUAUGCUUAUUCUUUUCCUUUUACUCUCCCCCAACCCUUUGCCCCUCUCCCCCUUGUUGGGUUUGUGGAGUUUGGUUUAUUGUUGUGGCGGUUCGACUUGAUGACCAGACCCAACAAGGAUUCGUUACGGUUUUUGAGUAGAUUUGCAAUGAGGCUUGUGCCAUGGAGCAUAGGCUUGGGCCGAGGAAAAAUUUUGGCACUAUUUUUUCACUUGCGACAGGUGGCUCAAGCGAAACUCAGAUAGAAAGUUCGCUCGAGUCUCGCUCAACAGAUUGCUUGAGCAAACAUCCGAUAGAGAGUUCGCUCGAGAUAGCAGUGGACAUUGAUGUUGAGACACCUCAACCAUUCCAUAUCACAGAGCUAAUGAAAAUGAAGGCACAGGAACUAAGGGAUCAAGCACGCAAGAUGGAAGAAGAAGAAGAAAAGAAAUUGGAAAGACAUAGGGACGGGGAGAGGAUUCGAGCCAGUAAGGACCUCACUGAGGCAAAGCGAACUACAGAAGAAAGUGAAAGAAAACGCCAUUUAGCACUACGAAAAGCAGAAAAGGAGGAGGAGAAAAGAGCAAGGAAGAAAAUUCUACAGAAACUAGAGCAGGAUAAGGUAGAAAGAAGGUUUGGAGUGGUAUUGCCAUCAGAAAGGCCUGCAGCAUUAAAACCUUCCAUGCCUUUUUUGCAGGGAAAAAAAUUGCAGGACUCAUUGCCUGUGAAGUCUGGUACAAAAGCAGAGCAUAUGAGGGAAUGCUUAAGGUCAAUUAAGCGCAGUUACCUGGAUGAUGAUGCCAGAGUAAGGAGGGCAUUUCAAACUCUUCUGAUCUAUGUUGGCAAUGUCGCUAAAAAUCCUGAUGAGGAAAAGUUUAGGAAGAUACGACUUGGUAACCCAUUAUUCCAGGAUAGAGUUGGGAAUUUGAGAGGAGGUGUGGAAUUUCUUGAGCUCUGUGGGUUUGAGAGAAUGGGAGGCGAGUUCUUGUACCUUCCUCGUGAUAAGGUUGAUGAGGCAAUACUUAACACAGCAGGAUUUGAAUUGAAGUCUGCGGCGACCAACCCCUUCUUUGGACUUCUGGGUGUGUAGAACAAGAUCGUAGUGUGAUAACCAUGCUACUUGAGAAUACUAUCUGUAUAUAUUGUGUUAGGUUCCUGGCCGCAAUAGAUGAAAAAUUGUAAUGUACAAAACAAAGAGCUUGACAUUAGGAAUAAUUUAUAGGUUAUUCAGUCAAACUCUAUUUGGAAUUUUACAAGCGAUUUAUUGUUAUACUCACAUGCUUGCUGGCUGUAUGAGGUUGUUUCGUAAACUUGAAUUUUACAA